AUGAUUCUACCUGCACGUACUAUGUCCCCACACGGGGCUUUCCAUCCUCCGGCACACGCACACCCAGAUGAAGAACCAGUCUCCCGAACCUACCAAUACCGCAAAGUAAUGAAACCGAUGCUUGAAAGAAAGCGUCGCGCGCGCAUCAACCGCUGCCUUGACGAACUAAAGGAUUUGAUGGUGACCGCUCUCCAAGCGGAGGGUGAAAACGUCUCCAAGCUGGAGAAGGCAGACAUCUUGGAGUUAACCGUACGACAUUUACAUAGUUUGAAACGUCGCGGACAGUUAGUGCUGAAACCUGAAAUGUCAUAUGCGGAGCGUUUUCGCGCAGGAUUCGCUCAGUGUGCUACGGAAGUGUCUCAGUUCAUAACAAACGCUACAGUGGCCGCCAAUGCCAUGCAUAGGCAGGGACCUGUGGAUCCUCAAGCUGGUGCCAGGUUGCUUCAGCAUUUAAGCAAUUGUAUAAGAAGAUUGGAGAGUCCGCCUGUUGUACAACCACAACCAAUAGUGCCCAAUGUAACCAGACCGACACCUGUGCAGGCGAUAGCACCAGCUCAGGCUCCCCAAGUGCAGAGGCCAGUUUCGACCGAGAGGUGUUUGAAGAGGCCGCUAGAAGAAACAAUAGACGUGGAAACAAUUGGCAAUAAGAGACAAUACGCGCCGCCCUCGCCGCCGCACAGCCCCGCCUCCGAGUCUGACUCCUCCCAGUCGAUGUGGCGGCCGUGGUGA